AGAGGUGGCUGCUCUCUCUCCCUUUGCCUUUUGCUUUUCUCACUGGCAUUAUCUCUGCUUUUGAAUUCCUUUACAACAUUCCUUUUUCAACUUUCAAAGCUUUGUAAAUUUACAAAGAAAUCAUUCCAUUCUCUCAAGAACUCCCUCUCUCUCUCUCUGCUGAAUCUCGUUGUCCCAGUUUGAUGAUCUUUUAGAUCUUUCAGACAUGGGAACUCCAGUAAACAUCAUAGUUGGAUCACAUGUUUGGGUUGAGGAUCCUGAGGCUGCUUGGAUUGAUGGUGAAGUUACAGAAAUCAAAGGCAAAAAUGCCACCAUUGUUACCACAGAUGAGAAGACUAUUGUUGCAGACAUCUGCAGUAUAUACCCAAAAGACACAGAAGCACCACCGGCAGGUGUUGAUGACAUGACCAAGUUGGCUUACCUCCAUGAACCGGGAGUCCUUUACAAUCUUGCUUGUCGAUUUUCACUCAAUGAAAUAUAUACUUACACUGGGAACAUUCUAAUAGCCGUAAAUCCCUUCCGAAGACUGCCACAUUUGUAUGAUGUCCACAUGAUGGAGCAGUACAAGGGAGCCGCUUUUGGGGAGCUAAGUCCACAUCUUUUCGCUGUUGCAGAUACUUGCUACAGGGCCAUGAGAAAUGAACAUGGGAGUCAGUCCAUAUUAGUGAGUGGAGAAAGUGGAGCUGGUAAAACAGAAACAACAAAAAUGCUCAUGAGAUAUCUUGCCUUCAUGGGGGGCAGGUCAGGUACUGAAGGAAGGACUGUAGAACAGCAGGUUUUGGAGUCCAAUCCAGUACUGGAAGCAUUUGGUAAUGCCAAAACUGUGAAAAACAACAACUCGAGUCGUUUUGGAAAAUUUGUUGAGAUACAAUUUGACAAACAUGGAAAAAUCUCCGGAGCUGCCAUUCGUACAUAUCUUCUUGAAAGGUCACGUGUAUGUCAAGUCUCCGACCCAGAGAGAAACUACCAUUGUUUUUACAUGCUCUGUGCAGCACCACCUGAGGAUGUCAAGAAGUACAAAUUAGGUGAUCCAAGACAAUUCCACUACCUAAAUCAAUCUAACUGUUACGAAGUAGCAAAUGUCGAUGAUGCAAGGGAGUACUUGGAAACCAGAAAUGCCAUGGAUAUUGUAGGCAUCAGCCAGGACGAACAGGAUGCCAUAUUUCGAGUGGUGGCUGCGAUCCUCCAUCUCGGGAACAUAGUCUUCAUCAAAGGGAAAGAAGUUGAUUCUUCCAAAUUAAAAGAUGAAAAAUCACAGUGCCAUCUUGAAACAGCAGCAGAGCUACUCAUGAGUGACAAGAAGUCCCUAGAAGACUCUCUUUGCAAGCGUGUCAUAGUGACCCCGGACGGUAACAUUACAAAACCACUGGAUCCCGAAUCAGCUGCCCUGAGUCGUGAUGCCUUGGCAAAGACAAUCUACUCUCGACUGUUUGAUUGGAUUGUGGACAAGAUAAACAGUUCAAUUGGUCAAGAUCCACAUGCAGCAAGCUUAAUAGGAGUCCUUGAUAUAUAUGGCUUUGAAAGCUUCAAGGUCAACAGUUUUGAGCAGCUAUGUAUCAACUUCACCAAUGAAAAAUUGCAACAACAUUUUAAUCAGCAUGUAUUCAAGAUGGAGCAAGAAGAGUACACAAAAGAGGAAAUAAACUGGAGCUAUGUAGAGUUUGUAGAUAACCAGGAUGUUUUGGAUCUUAUUGAGAAGAAACCUGGUGGCAUAAUUGCCCUUCUUGAUGAGGCCUGCAUGUUUCCCAAGUCGACACAUGAAACAUUUGCUCAGAAGAUGUAUCAGACUUAUAAAGCACACAAGCGUUUCAGUAAGCCAAAACUUGCUCGGACAGACUUCACAAUCAACCAUUAUGCUGGAGAUGUCACAUACCAAGCAGAUCAUUUUCUUGAUAAAAACAAGGACUACGUAGUAGCAGAACAUCAAGCUCUUUUAGAUGCAUCAAGGUGCACAUUUGUCGCAAAUCUAUUCCCUCCACUCCCUGAAGAGACUUCAAAACAAUCAAAAUUCUCUUCUAUCGGCACCCGCUUCAAGCAACAACUACAAUCUUUAAUGGAAACAUUGAACACAACAGAACCACAUUACAUCAGGUGUGUAAAACCCAACACAGUUUUGAAGCCAGGAAUUUUUGAGAACUACAAUGUCUUAAACCAGUUGAGAUGCGGGGGUGUACUAGAGGCUAUUAGGAUUAGUUGUGCUGGGUAUCCAACAAAACGAAGCUUUGAUGAGUUUCUUGAUCGUUUUGGAAUGCUGUCUCCAGAAGUCCUAGACGGAUCAGAUGAGAAGUCAGCAUGUAUAGCAAUCUGCGACAGAAUGGGAUUAAAGGGAUAUCAGAUUGGGAAAACAAAGGUAUUUUUAAGAGCUGGGCAGAUGGCUGAACUAGAUGCAAGGAGAACUGAAAUCUUAGCUAAUGCAGCAAGACGAAUACAAAGACAAAUCCGAACAUAUCUAACCAGAAAGGAAUUUAUUUCCCUAAAAAGAGCUACAAUAAAUAUGCAGAAAUAUUGGAGAGCCCAACUUGCACGAAAGCAGUAUGAACAAAUGAGAAGGGAAGCUGCUUCAAUUCGCAUACAGAAACACCAGCGUACCCAUAUGGCAAGAAAAUUCUACACAAAACUACAGGCAUCUGCAAUUGUUAUCCAGACUGGAUUACGAGCAAUGGCAGCUAGAAACGAUUUCAGGCAUAGGAGAAGAAGCAAGGCUGCAACUUUGGUUCAGACAAGGUGGAGAAGACACCAUGCUCUUUCUACUUAUAAACAUCAAAAGAAGGCCACUCUUGCACUUCAAUGUCUUUGGAGAUCAAAGGUUGCGAGGAAGGAACUUAGAAAGCUCAAAAUGGCUGCAAGAGAAACAGGUGCACUCAAGGAAGCUAAGGACAAGUUGGAGAAGCGUGUUGAAGAGCUUUCAUGGAGACUAGAAUUUGAAAAGCAUUUGAGGAUUGAUCUUGAAGAAGCUAAGGGGCAAGAAAUUGCCAAGUUACAAAGCACAUUACAUGAAAUGCAAGAGAAGUUAGAAGAAGCCCAUGCUGCAGUCAUUCAUGAGAAAGAAGCAGCAAAGUUAGCAAUCGAACAAGCUCCACCAGUCAUAAAGGAGGUGCCAGUAGUGGAUGAUACUAAACUAGAAAUACUGAGAAAACAGAAUGAAGAACUAGAGGGUGAACUGAGUGAGCUGAAGAAGAAAUUUGAGGAUUUCGAGGAAAUGUUUUCUCAAGUGGAGAAAGAAAGUGAAGAAAGGAUUAAAGAGGCAGAAGAAGCACAGCUGAACGCAAGGCAGCUUCAGGAGACUAUUGAAAGACUUGAAUCAAACUUGUCCAACAUUGAAUCCGAAAAUCAGGUGCUGCGCCAACAGGCUCUUGUUGCUUCAACCAAUGAAGACCUGUCAGAAGAGUUAAAAGACCUUAAGAGUAAGGUUGCAGGCUUGGAAUCAGAGAAAGAAAAUCUCCGCAGCAAGGCUGUAGUCGUUUUGGAACAAAAAGUUAUUUCAGAAAUUCCACAACCACCAAUCAAGGUUUAUGAUAAUGGCCAUCACAUAGAGGAGGAACUCCAAAAACCAAAGGAGCCGGUUCCUGCUUUCUCACAGCUAACCAAACAGAGAUCUCUCACUGACCGACAACAGGAAAGUCAAGAUAUGCUUGUGAAGUGUCUCACAGAAGAUAAGCGAUUUGACAAGAACAGGCCAGUCACUGCCUAUGUUGUGUACAAAGCACUGCUUCAAUGGAGAUCUUUUGAAGCAGAGAAGACGACCAUAUUUGAUAGAAUUAUUCAUGCAAUCCGAUCAUCAAUAGAGAGCCAAGACAACAUGAGUGAACUUGCAUAUUGGCUUUCCACAACUUCUACCCUCUUGUUCCUUCUGCAAACUACACUCAAGGCUAGCAAUAAUCCUAAUGCUGCUUCUCAUCGCCGAUCUUCCCCUUCCACAUUAUUUGGUAGAAUGGCAAAAGGUUUCCAUUCAUCUUCAAUGGGCAUGGGUGUUUCAAAUGGCUACAGCGGAAUACUGGGAAAGCUCGGUGAGCAGCCUAAAGUAGAAGCCAAGUACCCUGCCUUGCUAUUUAAGCAGCAUCUGACUGCAUGUGUCGAGAAAAUCUAUGGGAUGAUCCGUGAUCGUUUAAAGAAGGAGAUUAGCUCAUUCUUAAACUUGUGCAUUCAGGCACCAAGAUCUAUAAGAGCAAGAUCAAUUAGGGGGUCAUCUAGAAAUAUCCAUUCAAACAUAGUAGCAAAACAGCAAGCAUCAAAUGUACACUGGCAAAGCAUUGUCAAUGAAUUAGACCAAACAUUGGGUAUUUUGUCUGAGAACCAUGUUCCUAACAUGAUCACAAGAAAAAUCUUCAGUCAAGUAUUCUCGUUCAUCAAUGUACAGCUCUUCAACAGCUUGUUGCUGAGGCGAGAAUGCUGCUCAUUUAGCAACGGCGAGUAUUUGAAGGCAGGUCUCUCAGAAUUGGAGCAUUGGUGUCUCAAAGCAACUAAUGAGUUAGCAGGAUCCUCCUGGGAAGAACUCCAACACAUAAGACAAGCUGUAGGAUUUUUGGUGUUGCACCAAAAAACUCAAAAGUCUUUGGAUGAAAUUACAAAUGAACUAUGCCCGAUACUAAGCAUCCCACAAAUAUAUCGAAUUGGAACAAUGUUCUGGGACGAUAAAUAUGGAGCUCAAGGAUUAUCUUCAGAGAACAUUGGAAAAAUGAGAGUGCUAAUGGCAGAAGAUUCAAUCAACAUGCCCAAUAAUUCGUUCCUAUUGGAUGUUGAUUCCAGUAUACCAUUCACGAUGGAAGAGAUAUUUCGAUCGUUUGGUGACGUGAAUGUGAGUCUAGGUGAUGUGGAUCCACCACCCCUUCUCCGCCAGAGAUCGGACUUCCAUUUCCUAUUCCAACAUUCUGAUUAAAACGACACCGUUUUCUUCUUCUGAGUUCUUUCUUACCACACAAUUCAAAAAUUAAAAGAAAAAAAAAAGUAUAGUCAAAAGUAAAUAUAAAGUGGGUGAGUUUGUUUUUCUUAGCUUCACCUUCUGUUUGGCCUUUGUGUUUGCCCUUUUGGUUUUGGUUUUGGGGGAAGAGAGUGCCAAGUGUGUUCAUCAAAUGUAAUUCUUUUUUUAUCUUUCAUUAAUUUUUUUAUUUUUUUCACUUGGUCUUUUUGAUUUGUAAGUAUACAAACUUAUAAUUUAUAAGGUUGUCGAAAUUUUGAUUGAAAUUUCCCAGAAAAAAGGAAAGAAAAUUUUGAUUGAUAAAGUGCCCAAUUGUCGGUGGUAAAA